AUGGAGGAUGAGGGUAUCGAGCCAAAGUUUGAUGAUAUCCUGAAACUAGUAAAAGAUAGUGUCAAUCAAUCUAUGAGCAAGUUCGCCAGUCUGUUAGAUCUCACCCAUAGAAUAGAGCAGUCUGAGGGUAAAACGCACUCAUUGAUGACGAAUAAGCCUCAGAGAGGUGGAUAUCGAGAAGGCUCCAUGAUGUAUAGUAAUGCAUAUAGACCUAGUGAGUGUAACAGGUUUCGUAGUACAUCCUCAACAGAUAAGUUACAAGAUGCAAGACAAAUACGGUUGUGUUUUACACGUGUGCAAGAGGUGCAUACAGAAGUGAACUGUGAACCGGUGAGCAAGUUCAGUGAUAAGCUAAAUGUAAACUACAGGUCUGACUCCGAAUUGUGUGACGAUAACGGUGCGGUGAAGAAGUCUGUAGUUGCAACUGGUAAGCCGUUGUUGAAUAGAGUGUCACAGAGGAGAGUUACAGUCUCAGAGGACAGUUCUGACUCCACAAGUUUACAAAGUAUUACUAGUCAGAGUGAAGAUAUAGAACCUUUAAGGAUUUGUGAGGAGGAACCAAAAUUGUCUACUUCUGUUAUUAAAGAGUUUGAAAAUGAUGAACUUAACGGUAAAUUGAAUAUUUGUGAUAAUGAUCAUGAUAGUGCAGAUUUGUCUUUGGUUGAUCAUGAUGAAAUGGGGGGAAUGCCUAUUACCGCUAAGUUAAAUAAAGGUUCUGUACAACUUGAACGUGAAGUAGAAUUAAAUGCAGUUGCAGAAGGCAUGCAUACUUGUCACACAGUCAGUGUAAUUGAUCAGAGUGAAGCCCACCUGUCAUCAGAUGCUAGUCCUAAAGCGGAGCUGAUAGUAAAAGACAGCAGUGGUGGUGGUCUUGCAGGUAGACAAAUUUCUGAAAGUCGAGCAACAACAGCUUUUGAUCCACUGCUAACUUCAUCAACUGAUAUCAAUCAGUCGUCGUUGGUGCUGUAUUCCACAAUGAAACAGACACCCAUGAACUCAAGUAUCUUGUGCAAUGACUAUGGUAGUAUCAGUUCGUUUGAAAGGACGAAUAUCAAUGGUCAGUUUAGUGAGGAUAAGCCAAGUGUAAACGAGAGAGUAAUUGUUAAAUUGACUUGCACGAAUAAAGGCAUUUCUAGUUUCAAGUUACUAAUUGAAUGCUAUUAUCUUUCGUGUAAAUUACUCUGUUUCUACACUUGGUUGAUGAGAUAUGUCGUGUGUUUGUUCGUCAUCUAUAUUCUACGAUACAAUGACAUGGGCGUGUUGCCGUUCAGAUUUGAGGAUAUAGACGAUAGAAGGAAGUUAGCAAAUGAACUCUGCGACGAUUUUCCAACCUAG